AUGAAAGAGUAUUGUGAUAGCGAUGAAUUGGCAUUUUAUUUAGAUAUGGCAAUGAAUGAAUCCCAGCGAUGGCUUGAAGUAACUUGUCGAGAACUCUUCAUUGAUAGCGACGAUUUUAUUUAUUCAUUACGCUAUGGAACUCAUUUACGCAAAAUAAUAAAUAAAAUAAUACCUGGCUGUUUUGAUUUAUCUCGUAAUCGUCAUGGAAAAACCACUCAAACAACGCGUCAAAUACUUACAAAAGCAAAUGUACCGUAUAAUGAAGUUAAGAAUUACAUCGAUGAUGAAGAUUGGAUAUUGCAGUUUUUGUUAAUUUGUCUCUAUCGAUUACAUAUUCCACAGCACUUACUUUUUUUACGUGAAGAUUUGGAACAAUAUGAAGGAUUUGAAAAACCGUACAAAGUAUUCAUCAAAAAGCAACUAACAUCUACUACAGGAAAGUUUUCGAAAUGCGAAAAUUACAACAGCGUACGAAUUCGAAGAUUUUGUGCUACAAUUUUGGCACUAUUUAAUGCAUGCAAUAGCAUUGUGCAUGUGCCACAACUUGAUUAUACAGCCUUGGAACCAUUAAUUCAGUAUCAUUUAUCCGUUUGCCGAAAACAUCCAAAUCCUUCACUGCAAGCAAUUCUUAGUCGACCAAAUUUUGAUUUAGUUUAUAUUGUUUCAUCACUUGUUGAACAAGUUAGCAGUUUCAACGAUGAAAUUUCUAAUCGUACACAAUUGAAUACAACAAGCAGUAGUGACGAGGGAGUGGUCACAACAAUGGAUUAUAAUUAUACAGUAAAAAAGUAUUUGGCCGACUUAAAUAGUGAAUAUUCUGCUGAAGAACUGAGCAGUUAUUCGACCGGAACAAACGGUAGCCGUAGCGGUCCAUCAUACAAUAGUGAACACAAUACAGAAAGUAGUGAACGAUUGAUUCCGACUAGACAACAACUUAAGCUUACUUCACAGGUAGCACAUAAUCCUUUACAAUUUGUUACCGCACAAUCAGGCGCAACUGCAUUAUGCGAACAAGCUAAACAACAACUUAUCAUAUCUGAUCAACAGAAAAGGAUACGUGAUGAAGCUCGCAAAAAUAUGUGUAAUGAUGAUGAGGAUGAGACAGGAUGGCAAUCAAAUUUAGAUUCCUGGUUAUCAAAACGAAAGACAGCUAUAUUAAGAUGGAAAGAUGAAAGUAUUUCUAAAAGUGACAAAAAACGAGAAGAUAUUAUUGAAAGUAAAAUAAUUCAACAAAAUCAACAACAGAAAGAAAAAGAGAAACAACAUCGACAACAUUCAACAAAUGAUAAUAUCAAUGAUUCAAAAAAGCAAAAGGAAGAGUGUUUAACGUCCAAUUCAUUACCAUUAGAAGAACAUCAGGAAGAUUCUGGCAUAGAGAAUAAUUGUCGAAGUAGCUCGAUUGACGAUCAUUCACCUGUCGCAUCAAUUGAUUUUUAUCCGUCAAUUGAAUUAAAUCAUUCGGAUACGAGGAAUUCAUUUACUUCAUCAUUAUCAUCAUCACCACCAAAUCGUCAACAGCAUUGUUAUCAGCAUCUUGAAUUAUCAUCACCAUCAAUCCUAUCGCUUCCUGAAAAAAGCUUUAUCCAUUCGGUAUUUGGUUAUAAUAAACUUGCUACAGAAGAUAGUUAUUUAACUCCUUCGACUAGCAAAUUACUUCGUACAGAUACAAUCACAAAAGCUAACUUUCACGAAUAUAAUCAGCUACGUAGUAUAACUCCACAAGCUGACAAAUCCCAAGAAUAUCUUAGUGGUGAACAUUCGGAUUCAGAUAGCGAUUUUCCGGCACCACCUGAUUAUCUUUUACCGGCAACAAUAGUAAGACAACAGCCAAUAAUAUCAGCAAACAAUUUAUAUGGUCGAAGUGAACACAGCAAUAUGAAAAACAAUUCUUUAUCAACUACAAAACACAAUUCAUUAUCAACUGCAGCAACAGGAAAACGUAAUACAUCGGGAAGUGCAACAGAGGAUGUUUCACUUGGUAUCGAAUUAUGUCGUGAACAAUCGGCGAAUAUUACAGCUGUGAAAUUUCCGACACCUCGGCAAAUUAAUUCACCGUGUCACAUUUAUAAUAAAGCAGUAAUUGAAACGAGUGAUGAUAAUGCUCAAAAUGAAACUGAUAAUACUAAUAAACCAAAACAAGUUACAUCACCAUUUUUACCGUAUACUUCAACAGCGUUAUCAACAGUUCAAGCCAAAGGGCAUCUUGUAGGAACCAUCGAUGGAAUUUAUCCACGUACAUCGCCAAAAUUUUCAAGAACUAGUCGUUUAACGAAUGAAAUUCAUGAGGGAACAGUUCCAAAAUCACAUCUGAAAACGGUUGAUAUUCAAUUUGAAGACAAACCAGGUGCUGCUUAUCAGCCAAGCAAUAUCGAUAAGAAUCAUACGAAAAUGAAACAAAAUGGUACUGGUGAAAUGAUUAGUGUGAAGAUCAGUUUGAGUAAUGAUAAUGGAAAUGAUACAAGGAAAUAUUUUGGCUUUACAAUUGCCGGUGGUAAAGAUAAAAAUGCACCUGUGAAAAUUGAUGCUGUUAUUGUAGGAACACCUGCUGAUGAAGCUGGAUUACAGGUUGGUGAUUUGUUAUUAAGCAUAAAUGGUGAAUCAGUACUGGAUAGAUAUUACCAGUGUAUCGUGAGGAUGUUGCAUGAAGCAGAACGUAUUGGAACUAUCGAAUUAAAAAUUCGACGAUCUGAUAAUGCUGUAAUUGCUGAAAAUCCUUCAUCAGUCGAUCAAAGAUCAACAAUUUCUUUUGAUCAAAAACGAGCAUUAUUUGGUGAUAAAUGCACUACUAAAAAUAGCAACUGCAAAGGAAUUCGAAAGCAAAAACAUUGUUCUCCAACACGUAAAUGGUCAACCGGAAAUAUCAAUAAACAACCAGAAAAUGAUAAAUUUCCGACAGCUACAACUACUUCUACUACUGUUGCUCCUAUUACACAUAAUGUGAAAGAUGGAAUUGUUAUGCGUAGCAAUUCAGUUUUGUCAUCAAUUUCAACUCUGGAUGAUGAUGAUUCACGAAUGGCGUACUUAGGUGGAAAAUAUGCAAUGCGACAUUCACGUGAACGUUUUUCCAGUCGUACAUCAUUGGCUAGUAGUACAUCAUGCUCUAUUACUGCUGGUGGAGGUGAUCCAGAUUAUCGUGUCACAUCAUUGCAUGAUAAGCCAAAACCUGGUAAAUUAGCUGAUUUUAUACCGGAAGUGGAACGGAAGACUGAUGCCGGUUAUAAUCAGGAUGAUGGUGCUUCUGCUUAUAGUUCCAGCUUCUCCAGACGAGAAAGCGAUGUAGAUGGUUUUACGAAUUUGUUCACUAGUGAGGAUGAUGGUGAAGUACCACUUGUACUCCGUAAUUAUGAUAUAACUCCAGUUCGCAGUGUUACAACAUCACCAAUACAACAUAAGAUAAGUUACUGGAUGAAAAAAGAUGAAAUAAGAACGAUGUCAUUGCCAAGAAACAUUGGUGGUGAAUAUCGACGAAAUGGUUAUGUGGUACCAUGCAAUCAUUCAUUUGCUACCAAAUCAGCCAUUCAGAGGAAUGAGAUAAUACCUGAUGGCAAUACAAAUAGUAGUAGUGGACAGAUGAAGACUUUGUCAACGGAUUCCCGAGAAUGGCGUCAAAUUGUCGAGCAACAACGUUUACCAAGUCCUGGUGAUCCGGAAUGUCGUAAUAAACUUGAUGAAGAUUUAAAGUUUCAAGUUAGUCCAAAUAAAGGCACUGAAACUCAUCAUAGUUCACGUCAUGGGAGCAAAAAAAUAGCCAGGAAUUUAUUAUAUGCAGAAGAGACAAGAAUAAAGAAAUCCGGUUCAGGUAUCGAAAAUGUUUUGUCCGCUGACCAAUCGAAGAGAUCAUCCGAGAAUAAUCGAUCUAUAGAAUCAGAUUUAAACAGAGCUAAUAUGUCAGAUGAGCCAAGCAGUCGUAAAAUAAACAAAGUUUCAUCAAAUACAGAUGAACCGUUAUUAUCAGUAAGUGGCAAACAUCAUUGCUCACAUUGUAGUAUGGAACUUGGACGUGGUGCUGCAAUGAUUAUCGAAUCGCUAAAUUUAUUUUACCAUUUGAGUUGCUUCCGAUGUUAUGUUUGUAAGAUGACAUUGGGAAAUGGAACACGUGGUACCGAUGUUCGGGUCCGUGAUUCUAAGCUUCAUUGUCAAAGUUGCUAUAGCAGUGAGGAAUCUGGUCUUAAGUUUAGUAAAGUAUAA